GAUGUGCGGAGUUUCUGGACUGCAAAUUUAAAAUGCAGCUAAUAAAAUGAACUCUCUCACAAGUGUUUGAAUUGUGAGUCUUGAAUGAAAGAGUGAUGACACACAGAUGUGGGGCCCUUAUUGGCCCCUAGAGUGUGGAGGAGGGAUCUAGAGCCUGUCAUUGAGGGAGGACGGAGGGAGAAAGAGAGAGUUUGCUGGAGCAGCAGGUAAACGGCUGUUUGUCAACACGAGCGUUUCCCUCAUGACACACUAAUGAGCAGAUUCACUGAUUACUGGAGCUUCUCCUCUGAUCUGACUCGUGUGUGUGUGAGGAACACACUCUCCGCUUGACGAGGACCCGCGUUUCCACACCAGCAACUUCCAGCAUUUUGUGCAUUUUUGCCAGCAUCCAGGAUGAAGCCCAACAAAAGAGCUUUUGAGGAGGACCAGAACGGAGACACUGAGUUUUCUGCCAUGUCGGACAGUGACCCGUGUGAAGACGACAGUUACCCUCUCAACCUGUCCACCAGCGGCAGAAGCGGGUCUGCCGCCAAACGCCGCCGCCGCGGAAACCUCCCCAAAGAAUCCGUUCAGGUUCUGAGGGACUGGCUGUACGAGCAUCGCUUCAACGCUUAUCCAUCAGAGCAGGAGAAGCUGAGCCUGUCUGGACAGACGCAUCUCUCUGUGUCACAGACUUGGACUUUCCCACACAGUCUGCGCUGUGUUUUGUCCUUGUCCGAGAGCUGCGGUGUUGUCAGAGAGCAGGAAUGCAGGCGGCGAGGCCUGUGCUGCAUAUUUCCUCUGGUCUCCAUUAGAGCCAGCAUGGAUGCGGCCCUGCAGCGAGCGGCCGAGCAAGAAGUCAGUCAGCAGAAAGAACAAACGAUGCAGCAGCAACCAAACGGACCUACAAACGAAAGUUCAAGAGCGCUCAUCCAGAAUGGCGAUUCGGAGACUCCUUCAAGGGAAAAUUCCGAUGCUGCACCGAGCUUGACGGAGACCUCAGUAUUACCCGUAUCGGUUCCCAUCAUGAGCCACUCUUUCUCAGGCCCUCCCGUCGAUCUAAGCACGGCUGGUGUCUCUGAUGCGAAAUCUGGAAGCUUUGCGUGGAGCAUCCGACAAACCGGUCCACCUGCGAAUGUGGUAUCACACACAUGGGUUUCGCAGUACACGCGUAAUACGGUCACGGAAGCGGUUAACUAAAAACUCAAGCAGACCAACUCACUUUAGACUCCAUUUAUUUGCUUCUUUUUGUUGGAAGACUCUGGAGCAGAUGCCUCCCCAAAUCGUUGUCACGGAUACCGUUUGGAUGUUGCUUGGUACCCAGAGAGGCUCUUCGCUGAAAUUCACUUCAGGGGAUUCCGGAGUGAAGCUUCUCUACACCACAAUGUAUUUUUAAGACAUUUUUAAAAACUUUUUAAACCAAAACCCUUUACCUUUUUUUUUAACUAUGUGAAGUUCACGGGCAUGCAUAAAAUGCUCUUCGAAAAUAAUCCAGCAUUUCAGACUCCGGGAUCUUCGAGACCAAGUGGAGGUCCUUUCAGGUGGAAAUAUUACCAUGUGCAAACACCAGCAAACCUGUGCAACUCAGGUUUACAGCCAAGAGAUUUUAAUUUGAACAUUUGUAGUUGAAGUGGCCUUGCAUUGCUUUUGAUAAAGAAGCUCCACAUAUGCCCGUUUUCCUCAGUAUAUCCACUAGGGUUAGCCGUCUGUCUGUCUGUCGUAUAGCAUGCUUUACUUAUUUGUUGUGAUCUGUGAAUGCAAAGACCAGCAUGCAGCAUUUAAAUGUCAGCAUUUAGCAACCAAAUACGCUCUCUUCGAUUUAAUACUAUGCUCCGAUUUUGCCUGAAAAGCCACUGCUGAUGAAGCCUCUACUUCUACAAUCUCAACUUUGAAAGUCUCUCCCAGUAGUGUGAUAUUUGUCAUAUUUCCUGCACUUUAUAGUCCAAUUUCACCUCCUCGUCGUUAUGUCAGGAUCGUCUAUCCAGUCUCAGAAUAAGAUCCGAGCGCUCUCGCGUGUGCCGUGACGUGCGCUUUAGGAAAUUGAUCGUACUGCAGAGAUCAUCCCUCACGUCUCGUGUCUGUCUGAGAUGCGGGAGGUCGUCUCAAAGACAGCCGGCAUUGAUUUUCUUCACUUCUCAUGUAACGUGAUCAUAGGGCUGCAGCUUUAUUUUUGCUGAAAUGAUUAUUGUUCUUACAGUAUUGUUAGGUGAAGUAGAUGAUCCGCAUUAAUAAUUGUGUUUAGCAUGUCUCAGUGUAGAGGGAGACGUCAUGCGUAUGUGUUAGUGAGUGGAUUUAUUUUUGAUGCUAAACGUGUUUCAUGCAUUUCCAAGAUGAAUUUAAAGUCUGUUUGUACCUCUCUGAGAUGAACUGAAGUGCUUCUUUCUCGCUCAGCAUCUGUGAAUGUAUCUAGAGAACUAACAGAUAUUAUUUAGAAACAGAAUUAUUUCCAGUGAUUUCAUGAGCAAUCUCUUGAAAUCUGUCUUUUUUUUGGACACUAGAGGAUCUAGAUGCAUUAUGAUUUUAUGCUUGUAGUUUCCAUGAAACUGAGAACAGAUUAGUCUUUAUAGUAAUGAUCUUAACCUUUUAAUAUGCUUAUGGUGCGGUUCUCGUCAUUUCAGUUUAUUCACUCACAAACGUCCCAUAAUUCUGAUUAGUUUUUAUCAUGCUGCGUAAUUUCUCAUUGAGGUCACGUCUGUAGUACUGUACAUGUUUCUUCUUGUUUUUCAGUGUGUCUCAGGUUUGUUUAUUGUAGUUUUUGAUGGACUUUUCCUUCUUGGGUUUGAGUCAUUUUAUUUCCUUCUCUGACAUCACAAAGGGAGUUUUUAAUUCAAUUCUAAAAGGUGCAUUUUUUUUUUUUUUAAAGCCAUGUUUGAGCUGAUUAUGAGAAACCGACUGUAGCAUCACAAACUCUAUUACAGAUCUAAUUAACUAACAUUUCAAAACCACUGUGAUCGUUGGGUUAGUUACUGAAACCGUGAUAGGUACUGGAAGUAAAUCUAUAUAUAUUUCAUAUAAUGUACUCUAUUUUUUCACCUCUUCAGAAAGACCAAUAUUAAUAUUCCUGGAACUGUAUUAUUGAUGUUCUUAUUGCAAAAAGGGUCUUCUGGAUGACAAUGUGAAACAUGUAAAUAUAUCAUUCAGGUUUUUGUCUGGCA